AAUCCCGGGGGAAAUUAGAUUUGUUUCUCUGUCGCGAGAAUCUUCAUCGACCUCCGUUACUUCCUUUUCCUCUCCGUCACCGUCACCGUCACCGUCACAGAUCCCAAUCGAGACUCCCUCCUGCGAUGUGGUGAUCUCUCUCCAUCUCUCCCACUGAUUCUACGAUUGCUCUCUGCGUAGCCUUGUGAAUUAGGGGUUUCUCUACGAUUCGAUCGCGUUCUUCUACACACUGUAUUCGCUGCUAGAUUUCGGAUCAUCCUCAAAUGGCAGCGCCGAGGCCGACGGGGAGCCAGGAUCUGUUCGAUGCUUAUUUCAGGAGAGCGGAUUUGGAUGGAGAUGGUCGUAUCAGUGGAGCUGAGGCCGUCGCUUUCUUCCAAGGCUCCAAUUUGCCUAAAAACGUCCUUGCUCAGGUAUGGUCCUGCGCAGAUGCAAAAAAGGCUGGUUACCUUGGUCGAGCGGAGUUUUAUAAUGCUCUAAAGUUGGUUACUGUGGCGCAAAGUAGACGGGAAUUAACUCCUGAGAUAGUCAAGGCUGCAAUUUAUGGUCCUGCUUCUGCCAAUAUCCCUGCUCCCAAAAUAAAUCUUGCUGCAACACCCUCUCCACAGCCUAGGGGAGUUGUGCCUGCUACACAAGCUCAGGGGGGUGCGUCACUGCCUUCAGUUCCGCCUGGUAUGAGAGGGCCUCAAAUGGGUGGAACUGUAAGCAGUAGUAACCAACAAGUAGGAACGGGCCAGCAGAACCAAUUUAUGGGGGCGCCUCCAUCUCAACCACAGCAAAACUUUCAAAGCCAGGUUAUGCCAUCUGGAGGGACUACUGCGCCUCGUACGGCAAACCAACCUAUGCCAUCUGAUUGGCUCAGCGGCAGAAGUGUCGGGCCCUCUGGGCAAGUGAAUUCUCAAAUACCUUCGAAUCAAAGUGGAUAUGGUUUGACGGCACCUAACUCAAUUGCCAACAAUACACCAAAACCGCAUAUGACACCUGCUGUAAUAAGCUCUACAACAGCCAGACCUCAAGAAUCAGCGCCGGUGCAUAAGCCCCAAGAUUCAUCUGCUCCUUCAGGUGCUCGUGCUCUAGAUGCUCCAUCCAAUCAAUUGGUAGCCAAGGAUCCAAAGGAACUAGCUGCAUCAGGAAAUGGUUUUCCCUCUGACUCACUUUUCGGAGAUGUGUUUACAGUUGCUUCCUCGCAGCCAAAACAACAUCCUGUGGGAACUACGUCGACAAUGGGCAUCUCACCUUCUUCUGGUACAACUGGCUCUACUGUUGGUGUUGGGCUUGCAGCUUCUGGUCAGAUGACGCAGCGUCAGUCUCAGCCCCAACCCCAACCCCGACCACAGCACCAACCACAUCACCAACCCCAGCAUCAACCACAUCACCAACCCCAGCACCACCCCCGACCCCACCCCCAAUCUCAAAUCCAACACCAACCCCACCCCCAGUCCCAAGCCCCUUGGCCAAGAAUGACUCCAGCUGACGUCCAGAAAUAUGCAAAGGUAUUUGUGCAAGUUGACACUGAUAGGGACGGCAAGAUCACUGGGCACCAGGCUCGGAAUCUGUUCUUAAGUUGGAAGCUCCCGCGAGACGCUUUGAGGCAGGUAUGGGACUUAUCUGAUCAAGAUAAUGAUAGCAUGCUUUCCUUGAGAGAGUUCUGUAUUGCUGUCUAUCUAAUGGAGCGUUAUAGAGAGGGCCGACCUCUUCCCCCUGUAUUCCCAAGCACUAUAAUAUCUAGUGAGAGCAUGUUUACCUCUCCUAGUCAAUCUGUGGCACCACAAGGCAAUGCAUCCUGGGGACAUACACAUGGUCAAGUUCAUGGGGCCUCGAGACCACCAGCAAUUCCCAAAGGAAAGCCUCCAAGGCCGGUCCCUCUCUCUCCUAGUGAUGGAAUGGUCCAGUCCACUCAGCCAAAGCGUAAAAUGCCUGAGUUGGAAAAACAGCUGGUGGAUCAACUUAGCAAAGAGGAGCAAGAUUCGCUCAACUCAAAGUUUGAAGAAGCCACUGCUAUUGAUAAAAAGGUGGACGACCUUGAAAAGGAAAUAGCUGAUUCCAAGCAGAAAAUUGAGUUCUUCCAUGCUAAAAUGCAGGAACUUGUUUUAUACAAGAGUAGAUGUGACAACCGGUACAAUGAGAUCACGGAGAGAGUCUCGGGUGAUAAACGUGAGCUUGAAUCCCUAGCAAAAAAAUACGAGGAGAAAUACAAGAAGUCUGGCAAUGUAGGCUCUAAAUUGACAAUUGAAGAAGCGACAUUCCGCGAUAUACAGGAGAAGAAAAUGGAAUUGUACCAGGCUAUAGUCAAAUUUGAAGAAGGCAAGCUUGAUGAUAGUAUUGUUAAGGAGCGCACUGAACACAUCCAAUCGGGCCUUGAGGAACUGAUUAAACAAUUGAAUGAGCGCUGCAAACAAUAUGGAGUACGUGGCAAACCCACUUCUCUGGUGGAGCUUCCCUUUGGUUGGCAACCUGGAAUCCAAGAAGGUGCUGCUGAUUGGGAUGAAGAUUGGGAUAAGCUAGAGGAAGAAGGGUUUACCUUCGUCAAGGAGCUUACACUUGAUGUCCAAAAUGUCAUUGCCCCACCAAAGGAAAAAUCAUCUACUUGGAAGAAAGAAGUUACCGUCUCUUCAAAUGAAGGUGAACACGUUUCAUCCUCAGAUGUUGAGUCUAAAACAGAGAAAAAUCCAAGCAGUGGAGAAGAGGCAUCUGAACAUUCAGACGGUAAAACAGAUAGAAACGGAUCUCUGGAUGGGUCACCCAGAACCAAAGAUACGCGGAGUGAAAAUGGCCAUGAUGAUGGUGAAUCUACCCCUUCUGCUGGAAAAACUGUAAAAGAACCUAGUUAUGACUCUCACGAUGAGACAGAUUCAGUUUCAAGCUUCAACCCUGACAACGGAAAGGACAAGAAGCAUGAUACUGAUUUUGGAUUCGGGUUCGGAUUCGAUGAUUUCAGCAUUAAACCUAUAAAAACGGGUUCCACCCUAUCAAAUGACUUCCUCCCUCCAAAGCUAUCUAUAUUUUCUGAUUCUGUCCCAAGUCCCCCGGCAAAUGCCAACGACGGUUUCACUGCAAAACCUUCCUUGUUUGCUGAUUCCGUCCCCAGCACCCCGGCAACAACCACUGCCUCUUACCCAGGCAAUAAAUCAUACUUCGAUGAGUCUGUCCCAAGCACUCCUGCUUACGCAGGUACAUCGUACUUCGAUGAGUCUGUUCCAAGCACUCCUGCUUAUCCUGGAACCUUGUUUCCCGAGAAGAAAUCAUUUUUCGACGACUCUGUUCCAAGCACUCCUGCUUAUCCUGGAAACUUGUUCCCCGAGAAGAAAUCCUUCUUCGAUGACUCUGUCCCAAGCACUCCUGCUUAUAGCACGUCUGAUUUUGGUGGGAAGCCGUUUGCAUCAGAGACUCCACGUUCGGACAACUUGUUCCCAGGAAGAAGUCCCUUCAUGUUCGAUUCUGUCCCAAGCACACCUGCUGCACACGAUGACUACUCUUCCAACAGCUUCUCCCGCUUCGAUUCAUUCAACAGCAAUAACAACAGCAAUGACGCUUUCUCUCUGUCCCGCUCAGACUCGAUGCGCAGCACAAGCGAGCCAGACCCAUUCGCAUCAAGGUUUGAUUCUUUCAACUAUCAGAGAUAUGAUUCCUUCAAUGCACAAAGCUAUGACCACAACAACACUUCAGAGACACCUAAAGCUUCGUUGACGAGAUUCGACUCAAUUGGAAGCACGAGAGACUCUGAUUACAGUCAGGGGUUUGGGUUCGAUGACCAUGACCCGUUCGGUUCUACGGGACCAUUCAAAACAACGACAAAUACAGCUGAGACACCUCGGAGCUCUGAUCACUGGAAUGCCUUCUAGCCCCCAUGCCCACGUGUGAUGCGAGUAUGAUCACAUACAUAUAGUUUGCUGUUUUUCUCACAGUCGGAAGAGUUUUAUGUACUUGUUUGGUUUUCUCUCUGUUUGCUUAUUUUUGUUGUUGAUAUAUAAUAGUUAUUUUGCCAUUUAAAAGUUUCUUUUGAUCUCCGAUUUAAAAAAAUUCUUUUAAAA